GUUACAGAAAACAGAUCAGACCUUGAAGAUUUACACCUUUAUGCAACUCCUCGGGAGCAACGGUUUCGUAGGUUUGCCAGUUUAGAAUUUGAAGGACAGCUAUAUAUGACUCCAUAUGACUUCAUUCAGGCUGUCACAAAUGAUGAACCCAAACGUGCUAAAAGGUGGCGAUCCCUUUCAAAGCAGGAACUGAAUCAGAUCCUCAUGGAGACACCACCAGUUUGGAAAGGAUCAUCCAAACUUUUCCGUAAUCUUAAUGAGAAAGGUGUGAUAUCUUACACAGAAUAUUUAUUCCUCUUAUGUAUUUUAACAAAGCCACAUGCAGGUUUUAGAAUUGCUUUCAACAUGUUUGAUACUGAUGGCAAUGAGAUGGUGGACAAAAAGGAAUUCCUAGUGCUGCAAGAGAUUUUCAGGAAAAAAAAUGAGAAGAGAGAAAGGAAAGGAGAUGAAGAAAAACGUGCAAUGCUGCGUCUUCAACUUUAUGGAUAUCAUACUCCUACUAACAGUGUUCUUAAAACAGAAGGAGAGGACCUUGUUCCCAGAAGCUAUUGGGAUACUUUGAGACGUAGCACAAGCCAAGCACUCUUUUCGGACCUUGCGGAGCGUGCCGAUGAUAUUUCAAGUUCACUGUCAGAUACUACACUGCUUGUGCACUUUUUUGGCAAGAAAGGAAAAGCUGAACUGAACUUUGAGGAUUUUUAUAGAUUUAUGGAUAACCUACAAACUGAGGUUCUAGAGAUAGAAUUCCUUUCCUACUCUAAUGGGAUGAACACCAUCAGUGAGGAAGAUUUUGCCCAUAUUCUUCUGAGGUAUACAAAUGUGGAAAAUACAUCAAGUUACCUGGAAAACAUGCGCUGCAGGAUUCCUGAAGAAAAGGGUAUCACGUUUGAUGAGUUCAGAUCAUUUUUCCAAUUCUUGAACAAUCUGGAAGAUUUUACAAUUGCAAUGCAAAUGUAUAAUUUUGCAAGUCGUUCCAUAGGUCAAGACGAAUUCAAACGUGCUGUGUAUGUAGCCACAGGUGUGAAGCUUUCACCACAUUUGGUGAACACAGUGUUCAAGAUUUUUGAUGUUGACAGAGAUGACCAGUUGAGUUAUAAAGAAUUUAUCGGCAUAAUGAAAGACAGACUUAAUCGGGGGUUUAGGGGCUACAAACCUAUACAGAGGUAUACUACUUUCAAAUCCUGCGUGAGGAAGGAACUCUAUAGCAGAUAAAUGACGGAGACUCCAAAGUAUGGUUGGAAGGAAUAUUACUCUUGUGUGAUGACUGUAACCAGUGAACAUCUCAGAGAUCUAUGGAAGCAAUUUCGGAGACGAGACAUGCUGAGAUAAAGGAAGAAAGAAGGAAUACCUGCACUGGUUAGAACUAUUUAUUCCUAUGAAUUCUUAAUGAAGAACAAACUAACCCAGCUGAGUUGUGAAUCUUCCAGCUGCAGUAGAAAACACAGAACUUCUUUUCCACUUAAUGUAGUGGUUAUCAUCUCUUAAAACUGCUAUCUUAUUUAAACAACAAACUAUCAUCUGAUUGGCAGAAGGUUGGGGUUUUUUUAAGAACACAUUUUGAAUAUUAUUUUUUAUUAUUUUGAGAUAUGUUUGUCACUUAAAACAAAAAUAAAUUUUAUACCUGGUAGGAAAACGUUUUGGCAAUGAAGAGAAACUGCCUGCAUCAGCUUAGACUGUGCUCAGAAGAGCACUAUUAAAAGUUUGUGCUAAAUUAAUAAUGAGAAUACAUUAAGUAGCAUAACAAUUACAUAUGAGUUGAAUGUAAAAAUUAAACUCUUAGAAGCUAACAAAGAUGUUACUUUAAAAAAGUAAAGCUAUUAUGGUUAUAAUGUGAAUGAUAGGUAUUUACUUAGGAAUGGUACUGUAUGGACUAUAAUGUUCAGAUUUUCCAAGUCUUACUAUUAUGUUUAUUAAUUUAUCCUUUAAAAAAUAGUGCAAAUUUUAAGAUGUCUUACAAGUAGUAUGUUGAAGAAGUCAAAAUGUUCAAAUCUACAUUAAGUAACACACACUUUGUAAUAUUUAAUAUAAAUUUUAUUGCCAUACAUUUAACUUCACUGGUAUAUUUAUGGUAGAGUAAAACUUCAUGUGUUUCUUGUGAAUAGUGCACUUUAUAUAAAAUAAGAUGUGGCACUGAAUAGAAAUUAUAGUUGUCUCAUUUGCUACACUGGAAUGCAGUGUCUGAAAAAUAGAUAACUUGUGUUUGUGUCAAAAAUGAAAAACAAAACAUGAAUGCAUGCAGCAGUACAGAGCAACACGCACUAAGUAAUAUUAUUUUAAUAUUACACAUCAAAUAUUAGACGUAAAUUAGGCCUUACAAAGGUUAAGGAGACUACAGGCAAUCAGUAGCCACCAUGACCUUUCAUACCCUGUAGGUUCUAGAUGUUACUGAAACAGUAGUAAGGACACUGUUACAUUUGGGUUUUAUAUUCUCUUAACUUUUUUUUUUUUUUUUCAAUUCAGCAGCAACGUUUUUCCUUACUCCCUUUCAAGGUGAUUGUUAGGCAGUGUGAAUUAAACCCAAACAAACACGUAUUUCUUUCAUCUUUCUUGAAAAGGUUCACUGGACAUUAAAUAUUAGGAACAAUCUGUGCCUUGAAAUAUUAACUUGUGUUAAUAAACUGUUAUCAGAAAGCCAAAUAUUUGGUGGUCUAACAAUUAAAAUACAAUCAAAGUAAUGGUUUUAAAUAUUUUAUUACUCCAAAUACCUAUAAGCAAACUUUUCAAAAUUGUAUUUAGUGAACGUGUUGCUCAAAUACCAUCUUGUAUCACAUGUGAAUAGAAAAGAUGCAUAGCAUCUGUGUAAGUACCCUUAAGUUUAGAAAUGUUUACUUUAUGCUAAAAAAUCAAAACAAAAUGGAAUUUUUU